AUGAGACGCAAAGUUCAGAGUUCUUCACCUUUCGCUGAAGAAAAAGAGCUCCUGCGGUUCCUGGUCGCGCGGAAAUGGCAGGUGGAUGCGGCAGCGGAGCAGUUUCAGGCCAUGAUUCGGUGGCGGAAUGAGCACGAUGUGGAUCGCGUUCGCCGGAAGGCUUUGGGACCGUUUGGGCCGGAAGCGGCAUUGCAAGCUGCACAGGACUCUCGGCUCAGCAGACAGGGUGUGGAGAUGUUUCCACAACUCAGGCUGGUGGAGCCGCUUGCGAAUGAAAGCGCUCUCCUCUAUUACGGCCAGACCUUGGCUUUUGGGUUUGACAAGAAGGGGCAGCCAGUCCAGAUCCAGAAUGGAGGACUUGCAGGAUGGCGCUUCAAAGACAUGUUGGGUGUUAUUGGCGGAAGCGAGCAAAUGUUGGCCAGCUUGGUGCGCAUGCAUGAGCUGCAGGCGGCUCGCAUGGAGGAGGCAUCCAGGAGGCAUGGGCGACCCAUUACCAAACAGGUCGUCAUAACGAAUGCUGAUGGUAUGCCGCUUCGCCCGCACCCGCUGGCUGUGGCCGCCUUCAAAGACUUCCUUGUUGUCAGCUCCCGCUACUAUCCCGAAUCUCUGGCGGUCCUGUUUGUUGUCAAUGCUCCGCCCGUCUUUGUUGCGCAGAGGGCAUCUCUGCUUUUUGUGACGGGUGAGCGUCCCUUGGUUGGGGGGGGCUUGGGCGCGGAGGCUUUUGCCCGGCUGGUGAGCCGUGAGCCCAGGGGUGCAAGGGAAUCCCAGCCGGUGGGGAUCAGUUUUCAGGACCGCACCAAGACAACGGCGGUAGAGCUGAUCUCGAUGCUAGACCAAAGGCGGCGUGACGUGGGGAAGCAGCUCGACACCCUUGAGAGCAAGGUUGAGACUCAGGAUCUCGUCAUUUGGCUGGCACUUUCAGAACCGCCGGAGACGCGCAGGCGUGCGAGAAUGACGGCGAAGUCCAAACGCUGCCUUCUCAAACGCGCGGAGAAGCAGGGAUGCCAGCUUGAUCUGGGAACACUCAAAGCUGACUAUAAGAACGGGGCCAUCAACCUGAAUGGGAAGAAAGUGGCGGGAAGCGGUGGUCAACCCUCGACUGAAGAAGUCCUGGUGGCCGACUACGGAGACCCCGUCCGAUUCGUUGUGCUGACGCCGCUGGGAACGGGGGGAGCCAACACCGAAACCAGCACCGUGUCGGAGCUCGGCUCGGCGUUGGCGAUCGUUGGCGGUCCGGGCCUGACGGCAGACAGACCGCAGAAAAUCGGAGCAAUGAAUGCCAAGGUGGAGAGGAGAGAGACGUUGCGGGCCAGCGCGCCAGGACAGAGGAAGACUGCUUGCGUGACAUGGAAGCUGGAGGUACAUUUGGUGGCUUUUCAGGAAGUUCACUCAGAGUACUUGAAGGCAGGGACAGCCGACGAUCGCAAAGAAGUCAGGGGAAUGGAGAGGCAGAGCAAUUGCAGUCAGAAGCAAAUUAGGCAACUAGGCAUUAUCAAGCGCAGGCAGGUGGCCAACAAUGCAAUGGCAGUCACGGUACCUACUGCAAGCGGAGAUGUAGGAUACAUCAAGAUGCACCUGCCCGCGUGCUUCACGCUCAACAAAACAGGAGCAGAAGUGGAGGAAUGGACGUCAAUGUAUGCUUUGAGAGAGGCAAGGCUUGUGGUUCUGGGGGACUUCAGUGAGAUCUUUGUGAGAAGAAAGGAAGAGCACAGACUCACGGGGCAGCUGAGAGACCCCCGGAAGAUGACACAGGCGCCCAACGAAUCCGGCAGCAAAGCGGAUGACCCCUUCCAGAGCAUCAAGCAAAUGGCGGCGGAGAUCAUUCAGCCAAGCGAUGGAAGGGGGCCCCGGAAGAGAUGCCAGAGAACUUUGGAAGAAAAUGUGGAAAACGAAGCGGAGAGAGAGGAAUGGCGCAGAGAGCUCCUGAGGGCAGUGCGGGCGGGGGACGGGUGGGGAGAGCGCCUACAGAAGCACUUCCAGCAACUUUUUGCGAAACAACAAGCAUCAACUGUAGCACAGGAUAUGGAGAAGAUCUGGAGGGAGCUCGAAAGACGCAAGAGACUGGAGGAUGCCACCGGGCAGUUCGAAAGGACGCAGCAUGUCUUAGUGUCGCUAUGGCCCAGCUUCGUCGCCAGCAUCGGGUUCGGGUAUCUUCGCCAAAUUAAUCCUCCUCUGGGCCUCUGGGCAUCCCUUCUCCACUGGGAUGUCGAGGCCGAUCAUCACCAGGUUGUCUCAUGGGUUGAACUUGUUGCCAGCUUUGAAAUGUCGAUGGGUGCCAGGAUGCCCCAGCAGAAAGGUGUGCGUAGCAAGGGCCCUGCCGAAAAGGUGCUCAGCUGGAGUCCACUGGAUGCAGACUUUGGCAGGGACACACCGCAGGGUGUGAAGGCCGAUGAGUUCCUCACAGCCUGCGGUUUCCUUAUCCAGGGCCAUCGGGCUUUGGCGUCCACAGUCACGAAGAUAGGAAGUGUGGUGUUGACGCUUCGGCUGCUCGCCUACACGAAGAAGUUCCGUACGCACGAUAACAGUGCUGGGGGUAGGCCAGGACCACUAGCCCAACGACCGGGCCUCAGGUGGAGCGACUCCAUGGAGGCAGGCUUCCUCCGACGAUAUGAUUUGCCCUGGGCCUCUGGAAAACAGGGUAGGUCACCUCAGCCAACCGGUUUGACCCGUCUCGCUGCGACACCACCGUACUAUACCACAAUAGCGUACCAGGGUGGCAUGAUUUGGGCAGCAUGGGCUGCAGUGAUGCUCGCCGCGACCGUAGCAGAGCAGCCAAUCCGGAAUGUCGCAAAGAACAUCGAGAGAGACAGCGGUGGAAUCAACUGUGAGGAGCCGCGCAGAGCCGCCCCCGGUAGCACAGCGAAACCGAGAUCUGUGGAAGAGGCAGACAAUGAAAGGUUGCCGGUAUCAGUUGACCCGCUGGGGCUGCGCUCGCCGCCGCCACAAGAUAUCCAAGCUUGCAAGUUCUAUGGUUGGGCAUCGAAGGCUGAGAUGUUCACACAGCGAGGUGUGGCGGAAGAAGAAGGUGAAGAGGAGGUACCAGUGGAGGAAUCAGAUGAAACAGCGAUGAUGCGCGGAGACAGCAAGCCAAGCAAUGCCGUCGGAAGAAGACCGACGCAAGCCUUCGGAGAGCCGGCGCAGUUCUAUGGAACCAUCGUGGGGCCCUUAGGCAGACGAUCCGGAGGCAAGGAGGACUUAGCCAACAAGAUAGCCAGGGCAUACAACAGCGUCGAGGAGCCCGAACCACCGACGCCCCUGUUGGAACUACGCAUAGCUAUGCGAAGCCACACAAAUGACGAGACGCAGGGAGAGGAAGAGGAUGAGGCGGAUCAGCCGAUGGAGCAGCAGCAGCAGCAGAAUCAACAAGACAAAGAAGAAGGCGGGAGCAAGGCAGAAGAACGAGGAGCACCGGCUGAGCUCUACAAUGGCCGAAAAGCUCAAUGGGUAGCCUUCUGUUGUGAGCUGCAGGUUAUGGUAUGGUUCCUCCGCAACCGAGAGGAGCCACUCAAAUCCAAAAGAGACGAUGGUGACAGGGGGAAGCGUUGA